AUGGCUAACAAUAAUAAUAAAAAUACACUUUUUGAUAGCAUUUUUGCUGAAACUUAUAACAAAUUGGAAAUUUUAAAUGAUGAAAUUUCUAAACUCCAAGAUAUUUACUUAAUAAAUAAGAAUUCAGAUGGUGAUUCUGAUAAUAAAACUAAUAAAUUUGAAGCUCUAAAUAAAAUGCCAAUGUCUUUAAUCUUAUAUAAUAAUAAUUUUUUUAUAUCUAAUCAAACUGAACAUUUUCAUAAGAUAUAUAUUCUUUAUCCAAUGUGUAUAGUAAUUAAAAAUAAAAAGGCCUGUGAAAAAAGAUAUCAACAAAUAAAAGCAAUAACUCCAAGUAAAUCAUGUUUGUGUUUUCUUGGAAUUAUUGAUGCUAGCAUAAAUGCAUUGGAAUUCAAAAAUGGAACAUCAAAAGCAUACUUAACAAUGUAUUAUAAAUUUGAAGGUUUGACAAUUUGCCAAAAAGCUUGGUAUAUUAUUUAUGAUAUUUAA